AUGAAUAAGGAAGAACACUUCGAUGUUGUCGUCGUUGGGGCUGGUGCGUACUCUACCGGCUCCUAUCCACAAAAUAUUAACAUGACCAGGAUGGAACGGCCUCAUCUCAGCAGCCACCUACCUAAAAUUCGCCCCAUCAACAAACCUCAUAAUCCUAGACGACGGCUCAACCAUCGGCGGGGUAUGGAGCAAAGAAAAGAUCUACCCCGACCUAUUCGCUCAAAUAGGCCACGGUCUCUUCGAGUACUCCUUCUACCCCAUGAAGAAAGAGAAUAUCUCCAAAGACCGCUAUAUCCCAGGUGAAACAAUACACAACUACCUCAAUUCCUUCGCCGUGGACCAUGGUCUCUCCAUGCGGACACGUCUUCGAAAUAGCGUCACUACCGCAGAAAAAGAGGAUGAUGGGUGGAGACUGACGAUUGAAGGGAAACCGGAUAUUGUAUGUGAGAAACUUAUCUAUGCCACGGGUGCAACCUCCAAACCAUACGUUCCAAAAUGGCCUUCAGAGGGGUUCACGAAACCAGUAAUCCACUCCUCAGCCGUGGGACAGAACCUCUCCGCUCUCCAGAAUAUCUCGCACGCAACGGUAGUCGGGGGAGCGAAAUCCUCUUACGAUACAGUCUUCAUGCUUCUCAAAGCGGGCAAAAAGGUCGACUGGAUCAUCCGUGCGGACGGGAGUGGACCGCUAGCCAUCAUGCCUCCGAGGAUGUUUAAAGUGUUCAAUACCGUGGAUAUCAUGGCGACGAGGGCGAUGUCCAAGUUCAGUCCUUGUAUCAUGCAGACCAAAGGGAUCUGGUAUCGGUUUCUGCAACGGACGAAGGUGGGAAGGGCGUGUACGAAGGUAUUUUGGAGGAACGUUACCAGAAUUGCAGACAUGCAUGCUGGGUAUUCGAAGAGUGAGAAUGCCGCGAAGUUGCGGCCUGUUCCGUCUGGUUAUGGGUAAGAAUCUCUUUCGCCAUUUCAGGAAGUGGAAGGAAGCGAGUUCUGACAAUCCACCUAGGAUCUUCUGGGCCAAUGCAGGUCUAGGACUAGCCAGCGUCCCGCAUUUCUGGAAAGUCUUUCACGCAGGAGACGUCACGGUUCACCGCGCAGAUAUCUCUCGCUUCGAGGCGGAUAACAUCCUCGUCCUAAGCAACGGCACGAGAAUCCCAACCGACCAAGUAAUCCUCUGUACGGGCUUCCUCCCCAACCUCACCACCUUCAGCGAAGACCUCCGUACACGGUACAACAUCUCAUCCCAGCUCGAUAGAUCCCCCAAAGCAGCAAAAUUAGACGCACUAGGCUCGCAAGUCGUUGAUGAACUUCUCCCACUGCUGCAACAUCCACCAGAUACCAAUAUCGCGCCGCCCACCAAACGACCCAGCACCCUCUACCGUCGCCUCAUCUCACCAGCGGCAGCCGCGGAAGGAGAUCGCUCGGUGUUUUUCCCGGGCUUGAUACAUUCCGUCUUCACGCCUUUAGUCGCGGAGUUCCAAGCACUAUGGGGUGUUGCAUUCAUGCUGGGACUGAUUGCGGUGCCGAGUGAGGAGGCGAUGGAAGUCGAGGUUGCGACUUGGAAUGCGUGGUCGAAGAAAAGGUAUUUGGAGCAGGGGAGGAAACAUGCUUAUGCUAUUUAUGAUUACUUGUCGGUAUGUAGUACACUUCUUUGGUGAGUGAUGAAAUAGGGCUUUUGCUAAUGUGUGAUGCUGUAGUAUAUCGACACACUCGCUAAAGACCUAGGCAUAAAAACCAACCGGAAAGGUAAUCCGAUAUCCGAGAUGUUCUCACCAUAUAGACCACGCGAUUAUCGGGGGUUGAUUGAUGAAUUUCUUGCAGCGCAGCAGAGGGAUGGGAAGGUGAAGUUGGAUGGACAUUCACAUAAUUCUCAGGGGUAA